AGCUUGCUCACAAACCAAAGGCCGCAUCGAGUACAAUCUUUCGAAUAACACUGAAGCAUGUCAAUAACCAAGAAAGAGACAGCGACGGAACAAGACGAUUCCACAAAAAAAGCCAGCAUCGAAGAGGCAACGAAGGAAAAAGUCGAGCCCACUGGGGAUGAGAACUCCGUUAACAAGGACUCGUGGGAGAGAUUAAUGGGCGACGAUCUCUUAAUGAAGUCGCUUGGCUUGACAGGGGAAGCGCCGGUGUCGACGCCCGUCCAACCGCAGGAUGCGGUAGUGAUUGAUUUUGUCGGCCGUCUUGCUCCUACCCUCGAGGACUCGGACGGUCCCAUCUUUCAAGAAGCUAAAGAUUGGCUGAUUGUGAUCGGGGAGAAGAAUGUAUUGCCGGCUUUAGAAAUGGGUGUUCGUUUCAUGAAGUUGGGCGAGACUGCAGUGGUUUGGAGUCAUUCCAAAUACGCGUACGGACCUUCCGGUCGUGUUCACGGGGACUACAAUCUUCCGGCCGACUCCGACGUGCGUUACCAAAUUACCGUCAAAUCUAUCUUGUCGGAGGAAAAGCGGUCGGAACCGGAAACGUUGAUUCAGUUGGGACUGGCAAAGAAAGAGAUUGGAAACGACGCGUACGCCAACGAGUGGAGCGACGGAAUGGGCAAGGAUCGCAUUAAACUACUGUACCAGCGUGCCGUGAAGGACAUGGAAUUUAUUGUCCAAUCGUCCGAGCAUUCUGAAGAAAUUCGCGAACAAGCCACAACCGUCAUGCUAGACUGUUUGAACAAUAUUGCGGCGGUCCAGAUGAGGGCUAAGGAAUUUCAUGCUGCCAAGGCUACGGCUGUCCAGGUGUUGUCCUACGAUCCGGACAAUUUCAAAGGAUUGAUGCGUGCCGCCAAAGCAGCCUUGCUGGAUCCCGCGAGCUCCUACGAAGAGGUGGACGCGGCUAUUCAGGCGGCUGCCGAAAAAUCGGGCGCCAACCAAACGGACGUCCAACGUUUACGGGCUGACUUUAAACGGCGAAAGCAGGACUACGACCAGAAAAGCAAGGCCAUGUUUUCGAAACUAGGCAAGACAGAUGCAAAACCAAGCAAAGAAGCAAUUAAAAAUGAUACAGAGGUAAAAGAAUCUGAAGAAAAAAGCCGAAAGCCUGAAAUGGAUGUCGUUCCGAAUGAAGCGGCCCUGGACAGUAGCGAAAAAGCCACCGUAUGGUGGAAGCGGCUUCCUUGGAAGGACACCAUUCUCCCGUACGGAUUCCAGCUUCUGAUGCCCUUUGUCAUGUACUAUUACUUUACGAUUGCGAAAGCUCGGCAGGAAGCCAAAUACGGUGAUUCUACAACAACACCCUCAUUCUCAACCGGGGCGGAGGAGUUGUAAUCUGUUUGGUACUACAAGCAUUUAAAGGAAUCACUGGUCUUCUGAAACUCAGUAAUGUAAGCAUACUCAAAUUACUCGUCUG